AUGUACUGGACAGACUGGGGCGAGGUUCCUAAGAUUGAGCGUGCCGACCUGGAUGGGACGGAGAGACUAGUGAUGGUCAACACCUCCCUGGGCUGGCCCAAUGGUCUGGCGCUGGACUACACAGACCGGAUGAUCUACUGGGGCGACGCCAAGACGGACAAGAUAGAGGUGAUGUGUAUGGACGGUUCAGGCAGGAGGAUCCUGGUAGAAGAUAAGCUACCUCACAUCUUUGGCUUCACUCUGCUGGGGGACUAUGUGUACUGGACAGACUGGCAGAGACGCAGCAUCGAGAGGGUUCACAAACACACCAUGGAGAGAGAGUUCAUCAUAGACCAGCUACCAGACCUGAUGGGGCUCAAAGCUACAUAUGUACACCAGACCUUCGGUACCAACCUGUGUGCGGAGGCUAAUGGUGGGUGUAGCCACCUAUGCCUGUAUAAGCCGGUGGGCGUCCAGUGUGCCUGUCCCAUUGGUCUAGAGCUGAUAGCUGACCUGUCCACCUGCAUCGUACCAGAAGCCUUCCUCCUCUUCUCCCGACACACAGACAUCAGACGCAUCUCCUUGGAAACCAACAACAACAACGUGGCCAUCCCGCUGACCGGGGUUAAAGAGGCGUCUGCACUUGACUUUGACAUCACCGACAACCGGAUCUACUGGACAGAUAUCACACUGAAGACAAUCAGUCGUGCGUUUAUGAAUGGCAGCGCUCUGGAACACGUGGUGGAGUUUGGCCUGGACUACCCAGAAGGCAUGGCGGUGGACUGGUUGGGGAAGAAUCUGUACUGGGCCGACACUGGGACCAAUCGUAUUGAGGUGGCCAAGCUGGAUGGACAGCACAGACAGGUCCUAGUCUGGAAGGAUCUGGACAGCCCUCGAGCCCUGGCACUGGACCCUGCUGAGGGGUUUAUGUACUGGACAGAGUGGGGUGGGAAGCCCAAGAUUGACCGCUCAGCGAUGGACGGGACGGGGCGGAUCACUCUGGUGCCCAACGUGGGCCGAGCCAACGGGCUGACCAUCGACUAUGCCGAGAGGCGACUGUACUGGACUGACCUGGACACGACACUCAUAGAGUCCUCCAACAUGCUGGGUCUGGAGCGUGAGGUUAUAGCCGACGACCUCCCCCACCCCUUUGGUUUGACCCAGUACCAGGAUUACAUCUAUUGGACGGACUGGUCUCAGCGCAGCAUCGAACGGGCCAAUAAGACAUCGGGCCAGAACCGUACGGUCAUCCAGGGUCACCUAGACUACGUGAUGGACAUCUUGGUCUUCCACUCGUCACGCCAGGGGGGCUGGAACGCCUGCGCCUCCACCAAUGGGCAAUGCUCACACCUCUGUCUGGCUGUACCAAUCAGCAGCUUCGUCUGCGGAUGUCCCGCCCACUUCUCCCUCAACAAUGACAACAAGACCUGCAGUGCCCCUACGUCGUUCCUCUUGUUCAGUCAGAAGUCAGCCAUUAACCGGAUGGUGAUGGAUGAGCACCAGUCUCCUGACAUCAUCCUUCCCAUCCACAGUCUGAGGAACGUCAGGGCUAUAGACUACGACCCCCUGGAAAAACAACUGUACUGGAUCGACUCCAAACAGAACGCAAUCCGCAGAGCGCAGGAGAACGGGAACAUGAGUAUGACGGUGGUGUGGAGCCAAGUGGGCGGUCCUAACCUGGGCCUCCAGCCGUUUGACCUGAGCAUCGACAUCUACAGCCGCUUCAUCUACUGGACCAGCGAGGUCACUAAUGUCAUUAACGUGACGAGGACAGACGGCAGCCGGGUGGGAGUGGUGCUGAGAGGAGAACACGACAGACCCAGAGCCAUCGUGGUCAACCCAGAGCGAGGGUACAUGUACUUUACCAACCUGCAGGAGCGCAGUCCUAAGAUAGAACGAGCAGCGCUCGACGGGACAGAGAGAGAGGUGUUGUUCUUCAGUGGCCUGGGGAAGCCCGUUGCCCUGGCCAUAGACAAUGAGGUCGGCAAGCUGUUCUGGGUCGACUCAGACCUCCGGCGCAUCGAGAGCAGUGACCUAUCAGGAGCCAAUCGGAUUGUGAUUGAGGACUCCAACAUCCUCCAGCCAGUUGGUCUGACGGUGUUUGGUAACCACCUGUACUGGAUCGACCGUCAGCAGCAGAUGAUUGAACGCAUCGACAAGACGACCAGGGAGGGAAGGACCAAGAUCCAGGCUCGCAUUGCCUCUCUCAGCGACAUUCACGCUGUCUACGACCUCGACAUGAGCGAGUACAGUAAGCACCCUUGUACCUGGGACAACGGAGGCUGUUCUCACAUCUGUAUCGUCAAGGGAGACGGAACCACACGCUGCUCCUGUCCUGUUCAUCUGGUCCUGCUGCAGAAUGAACUCUCCUGUGGAGAACCCCCCACCUGUUCUCCAGAACAGUUCUCCUGUGUAUCCGGGGAGGUGGACUGUAUUCCCCACGCGUGGCGGUGUGACGGCUACCCAGAGUGUGACGACAGCAGCGACGAGGGAGACUGUCCUGUCUGUUCAGAUUCAGAGUUUCAGUGUGACUCCAGACAGUGUGUUGACCUCAGCCUCCGCUGCAACGGAGAGGUCAACUGUCAGGAUCGCUCAGACGAGAACAAAUGUGAAGUGCGCUGCUCUCCGGACCACUUCAGCUGUUCCAGCGGUCAGUGUGUGGGGAAACAUCAGAAGUGUGACCAUUCUACAGACUGCUCUGACAACUCGGACGAGAUGGGCUGCUACCCGACUGAAGAGCCGUCCUCCCAGCCCACCAACACCAUCGGCUCCAUUGUGGGGGUUGUCAUGGCGCUGUUUGUGGUGGGUGCCAUCUACUUGGUGUGCCAGCGCGUGCUCUGUCCCCAGAUGAAGGAUGACAGGGAGACUGUAACCAAUGACUUGGUGGUUCACGGCCCUUCUGUUUCUCUGGGUUAUGUACCUCACCCUGCCUCUCUGUCCGGGUCUCUGCCAGGUAUGUCCAGGGGGAAGUCUGUGAUUGGUUCGUUGAGCAUCAUGGGCGGGUCCAGUGGCCCCCCUUACGACCGCGCCCACGUAACUGGAGCCUCCUCCUCAAGCUCCUCCUCCACCAAGGGCACUUACUUCCCCC